AUGGGUAAAAAGAUUGUAUUCAACAUAUCAAGUGAUUUCCAAUUGAAAUCCUUAUUAGGAGAAGGAGCAUAUGGUGUAGUUUGUUCUGCAGUUCAUAAACCCACGGGGGAAAUAGUAGCCAUCAAGAAGAUUGAACCAUUUGAUAAGCCAUUAUUUGCAUUAAGGACAUUACGAGAGAUUAAAUUAUUGAAACAUUUCCAACAUGAGAAUAUAAUAUCUAUUUUCGAUAUUCAAAGACCAGAAUCAUUUGAAAAUUUUAAUGAAGUUUAUAUUAUUCAAGAAUUAAUGCAAACUGAUCUUCAUCGGGUGAUUUCUACACAAAAUUUGACAGAUGAUCAUAUUCAAUAUUUCAUAUAUCAAACAUUAAGAGCAGUAAAGACAUUACAUGGAUCUAAUGUGAUUCAUCGAGAUUUAAAACCUUCUAAUUUAUUAAUUAAUUCUAAUUGUGAUUUAAAGAUAUGUGAUUUUGGAUUAGCAAGAAUUAUAGAAGAAGAUCGUGAAGAUGAUGAUCAAAUGACACAACUACAAAAUGGUAUGACUGAAUAUGUAGCGACACGAUGGUAUAGAGCUCCUGAAGUGAUGUUAACCGCAGCAAAAUAUAGUAAAGCGAUGGAUAUUUGGUCAUGUGGGUGUAUAUUAGCUGAACUAUUUAUGAAGAGACCUAUUUUCCCGGGGAAAGAUUAUAGACAUCAAUUAUUGUUAAUAUUUGGAUUAAUCGGUACACCAUUUGAAGAAGAUUUAAAUUGUAUUGAAUCUAGAAGGGCCAGGGAAUAUAUUAUGACAUUACCACGAUAUGAACCUGUCCCCUUAAGUAAAGUUCUUCCUCAAGUGAAUCCAUUGGGAAUUGAUCUUUUACAGAGGAUGUUAAUAUUUGAUCCAAAGAAGAGAAUUACUGCAGAGGAGGCCCUAAGUCAUCCAUAUUUGAAAACUUAUCAUGAUCCAAAUGAUGAGCCUCAAGGUGCUCCAAUUCCCUCUAGUUUUUUUGAAUUUGACCAUUACAAAGAUGUGUUGACUACUAAAGAUUUGAAGAAAUUGUUAUGGAAUGAAAUCUUUUGUUAG